AUUAUGUCUUAAAGUGGUGUAUAUCUGCCACGCCAUACUAUUUAGUGUGUUCUUCUAGGGUGUAUGGCCAAGAUAAAGGCCUAUUAGGCCAUUUAGUGACGAUAGUAGGCCAGACUGAUUUGUUUCUGUAACUUGCCAUGGCAACGUUGUAGGCUACUUGCACCAUCCAACUAGGCCUAAUCAAAUAAAAUUUGCAAAGGGGGUUCAAUUGGGCUAUUUUCACCAAUUUGGGACUUGAGACGGCAACAAAUGUUGCCUAUAAAUGAUGUGCAGUGCGCACAGCAUGGAGGAUAUUGCCUGUCCUAUGGAUUAGCUCCAAUUUGUGUAUAGGCAGGCGACCCGGGGCUGUAGGUAUACCGCCUCGUUUUCGUUCCAAGAAAUCUGCGCCUAUAUACGCAUGUUUUGUGUAUGCAGUUGAAUGAUAAUAUAUACCUGUUGCAGUGUUAUUCAUGUGGGCGUUUGUCCCUGCAGUUGCUGUUUAAAUUUCUAAUGUUUAUUUGCAUGACCUAUGCCGUGUCUGAGACGGAGGCAGAGUUGUCUGGAUACACGUUGUAGGCCCUUCGUGUUGGAUGUGUUGUGGAAUGGAAUGAGCUUCAGCCCAUUUGUCAAAGGUAGCCUACUAGACUCAAAAUUGAAGGCAUGUUAAAUAAUUCUGCUUAUCCCCAAAGGCACAAUAUUAUUUGGCGACUAAUUUUACACGUGUGCUUAUCUUGAUCGCUCUAAAUUGGGGACCAACGUUUUGGAAAUGGAUUGUUGUACAGCCUACACUUACAAUAAACGACGCACUGUCGAUUUGACAUUUGGAGAGUCAAAUGUAAUAUUCGGAGUGCUGUUCAUAGGCCUACUCUAAGUGUUGAAAUAAUACUGCACAUUUCACUGUGCGUCUUGCUUUGUAUGCACAGUGAGCACACCGAUACACACACUCACUCGCACACACCGAGACCGGCGCGUGCUGACGUCUCGAUGGCAUUUGAGCUUGUCUGCCUCUGCUGCAGCGGCAACCACAUCCCUAUUCUCAAAAAUCUAAUGUAUCGCCUCAAGAAGCAAGGACAGCUACCCGUUUUAAUCAACAUGUCGUUGGCAGAUGAUAUUUUAUACGUCGUGUGUGUCGUUGAGAGUGGUUUGGACUAUUUCGAAUGAUCUUCUAUUUAGUCAGACGUGCAUAUGAGUGAUGAGGAUGCUGGGCUGAAUCAAAUAGACAGAUAUAGGCAAAUCUAGAGACUUCUGUGAAAAAGAGACACGUUAUUCUCAUGAGUGGCGGCGACGGGUGUCUCUCCAUGUAGCCGUGUUUGAGUCAUGCGGCGGCCACUGCAACAUUCUCCCAAUGUCUCCACAUGGCUGCUGAACGAAGGCAGCUCGCUGAAUUAUUAGGCGGUCAUCACGAAGCGACACCUCCGUUCUGUGGCAAGCACACGGGAUCAUGCUGCAAGCCACACUGUGGACCGUGGUUAUUAUUUUCACAGAAGUCUGAGACGGUCCUGCCUGCUUGCCUCAAUCAUCGCCAUCAGCCGUUGUAAUAACGGAGGAUGUCCAGCCCUGAGAAAUCGCUCCCAUCACGCCCCCAAUCCCCCUUGACUGCUGCUGAGAAAACACACAGAUCUGGAGACUCUGACAGCAGCAGCAGCAGCAACAGCGUUCACGUCCACGGCAGCAGUGUGUCUGCGGAGGGCGGUUGGGCGGGCGGUGCAGCUCUUUACGCAGCGACACCCAGGAACGGCAGCAGCGAAAGGGGAGGAGGAGCAGGCGACAACACCGCGGCCAGCAGCGGCAGCAAAAGCAGUGGCGAGACAAGUCUCGGCGUUCCCUCGUCUGCUGCUCUCCCGCCGUUCUCCACGCAGUCGCCUUCCUCCUCUCCCUGUGGACCACCACCACCGCCGCGGGAAGGAGGCGGUCCGAGUGGGGGCAGAGCGCCAUCGCCUCUCCUCCCGUACUGGCUGCGCCCCAUUCGCGGCUUCCCCCUCCACGGACUAUUAGGACUUCACCCCUCCGCGUCCUGCUCGGGUUAUUUCCGUAAAAGCGGAACCGCCUUCAGCUGCAGGAGUCCCCAGCCAGGCACGCUUUUCUCGGCCGCUCUCCCCUUCCUGCGCCGGCGGUCAGACAUGGAAGAUGGUCCGCCUUCAACAAGCUGUUUCAGAAGGCUGACUGACUGUUUCCUCGGCUCAAGUCUGACGGAUGAGAAGGUGAAGGCCUACCUGGCGGUGCACCCUCAGGUGCUGGAGGAGUUUGUGUGGGAGAGCGUGAGCACUGACACACUGGACAGAUGGCUCAAGAGGAAGAGGAACAGCAGACCUGCAGACGAUCCCUCCAUGAAAGAAGUCAGCAGGCAGUAUAGGGACACCAAUAUGCAGGGUGUGGUGUACGAGCUCAACAGCUACAUGGAGCAGCGGCUAGACACGGGGGUAGACAACAAGCUCCUACUCUACGAGCUAUGUAACAUCAUCAAAACAGCCACAAAAGCAGAUGGGUUUGCACUUUACUUCCUGGGAGAAUGCAACAAUAGUUUGUGUGUGUUCACCCCCACGGGGGCCAAAGAGGACCCCCCCAGCUUUCCCCCCUCCCUCCCCAUCGCACUGGGCACCACCAUCUCCGCUCACGUGGCCAAGACGCGCAAAACACUACUGGUGGAAGACAUCAUGGGGGACGAGCGCUUCCCCCAGGGCACAGGGCAGGACUCAGGGAUCCGCGUUCACUCUGUCCUGUGCCUCCCCAUCCUCACCGCCAUCGGCGACCUCAUCGCAAUCCUGGAGCUGCACAGGCACUGGGGACGGGAGUCCUUCAACCUCAGCCACCAGGAGGUUGCAACAGCUAAUUUAGCGUGGGCUUCGGUAGCUAUUCACCAAGUACAGGUUUGCAGAGGCCUUGCCAAACAGACAGAGCUCAAUGACUUCCUCCUAGACGUGUCAAAAACGUACUUCGACAACAUUGUGGCAAUAGAUUCUCUACUUGAACAUAUUAUGAUAUAUGCAAAAAACCUGGUGAGCGCAGACCGGUGUGCCCUGUUCCAGGUGGACCACGUAAACAAAGAGCUGUACUCAGACCUGUUCGACAUCGGGGAGGAGAGCGAAGGGAAGCCAGUCUUUAGGAAAACCAAAGAGAUCAGGUUUUCAAUAGAGAAAGGAAUAGCGGGCCAAGUGGCGCGGACAGGGGAAGUCCUAAAUAUUCCAGAUGCCUAUGCAGAUCCUCGAUUCAAUAGAGAAGUGGACCUCUACACUGGCUACACAACUAGGAACAUCCUGUGCAUGCCCAUCGUGAGCCGGGGGACGGUAAUAGGCGUGGUACAGAUGGUCAACAAGCUGAACGGAAGUGCCUUCACGAAAACCGACGAGAACAACUUUAAGAUGUUUGCUGUCUUUUGUGCUCUGGCCUUACACUGUGCAAAUAUGUACCAUCGUAUCCGGCACUCUGAGUGCAUCUACAGGGUGACGAUGGAGAAGCUGUCCUACCACAGCAUUUGCACCUCGGAGGAGUGGAAGACCCUAGCAGAGCUCAACCUCCCCAUGCCCAUCUACAAAGAGAUAGAAAUGUUCCACUUUGAUAUCAGUCCCUUUGAGGAGUUCUGGCCAGCUGUCUUCGUCUACAUGAUACACAGGUCUUGUGGCAAAAGCAGUUUCGAGCUGGAGAAGUUGUGUCGCUUCACGAUGUCGGUGCGGAAGAACUACCGGCGUGUUCCGUACCACAACUGGAAGCAUGCGGUCACAGUAGCACACUGCAUGUACGCCAUCCUGCAGAAGGUCCAGGGCAUAUUCACUGAACUAGAGAGGAAAGGUCUGCUGAUCGCGUGUCUGUGUCAUGACCUGGACCACCGGGGCUACAGCAACAGCUAUCUGCAGAAGUUUGACCAUCCGCUAGCCGCUCUCUACUCCACCUCUACCAUGGAGCAACACCACUUCUCACAGACCGUCUCCAUCCUACAGCUGGAAGGGCACAAUAUCUUCUCCAACCUGAGCUCGGGGGAGUACGAGCAGGUGCUGGAGAUCAUCCGCAAGGCCAUCAUUGCCACCGACCUGGCACUCUACUCCAGCAACCGCAAGCAGCUGAUGGAGUUGCUCACCACCGGCGGACUGGACUUCAACAACCUCGCACACAGAGACCGCGUGAUUGGUCUGAUGAUGACGGCGUGUGACCUCUGCUCGGUCACCAAGCUGUGGCAGGUGACGCGGUUAACGGCCAAUGACAUCUACGCCGAGUUCUGGGCCGAGGGGGAUGAGAUGAAGAAGAUUGGAAUGCAGCCCAUGCCAAUGAUGGACAGAGAUAAGAAGGACGAGGUCCCACAGGGCCAGGUUAGCUUCUACAAUGCUGUAGCGAUCCCCUGUUACACCACGCUGUCCCAGCUCUUCCCCGCUGCCAAGCCACUCCUCAAGGCCUGCAGGGAGAACCUGAACCAGUGGGAGCAGAUCGUUCGAGGGGAGGAGCCUGCAGGAUGGGACCCUGCCGACGUAGCAACACCUGGGGGGGAGGGGGCGAGGGAGGGGGAUACGGAGGAGAAGGAAAAGGAGAAGGGGGGAACGGAAGGAGGACAAGAAGAGGUGGAGACAGAGGAGGGGGCAGUGGCAGACUCUGGCCCUGUAAAAGUGGACAAUUGAACCGCACCCCCUGCCCAGAACCCCCCUCUCCUCUCCCCAGAGCACCAACAAUAGAGCACCUUGUCCACCGCCCUCCACCCUCCAUACUCCUCCCACCUCUACGCUGCACCGACCUCACCCGCCACAGACAUGCGUCUACUGGGCCCAGCACACACACCCCCUCUCCCUACCCAUCCAUACCCUGGGGCUGAUCCCUCCCAUCCCUGACCAGCCCAGCUUGCACCCAUACCUGAGAUGGACAGAGAGAAGGUGGAGGGAGACAGAGAGGGAGGGAGACCAAACACCUGAGAGAGAGAGAGAGAGAGAGAGAGAGAGAGAGAGAGAGAGAUAGAGAGAUAGAGAGAGAGAUAGAGAGAGAGAGAGUGAGUCAUAUAUCCUGCAUGGGAGAGGAGCAUGGACAAGGAUGGACAGACGGCGGUCGGGCACAAACACAGUAAAGCUGAUUUUGUCUUGAGAUCUCUCCAGCAGAAGAGGAGUCAAGAGAGGAGACCAGAUGAAACUGAAACUGAAGUUUGAUGGAUUUAUUUUUCUUGUUUUUUUAUGUUCAAAUAUACAGUUACCUCACAGGGAGACAGAGAGUUUGCUUCCCACCCACACACACGCGCGCACACACAGACACAUACACACACACACACAUUCUCGGCCGCCUAUGCUGUCCGCUGACACACACCCCCACCUCCCCUGACUCAUGGACACCACUGACACCUGCCCACACACACACACACACACACACACGCACACACACACACACACACACACACACACACACACACACACACACACACACACACACACACACACACACACACACACACACACACACACACACACAGACGCACACACACACACACACACACACACACACACACACACACACACACACACACACACACACACACACACACACACACACACACACACACACACACACACACACAACUCCCUGACCCCCCACCCAACCCUUAUCUGGGACCCUCUCUUCUGGCAGGACUGUGUCAGAAGCUUUUUUAAUUUACCUUUCAUUUACCAUGUUGCUGUUUUUGCUUUGCGUUUGUUAAUGUCUGAUUUUGUUUUUUCAUUAUUUUUAUUUGAAAAAAGCUUUUAUUUUGUUGGUUGGAUUGUUUGUUUUUGUUGUUGUCUUAUUUAAAGGGGCCUUAAAAAAAGCUGAACCCAUCUUUUUAUUCUGCAGCAGGACAUGACAUGACGAUAUAUAUGUGAACUCUUGACUUUAAACUGUAGUAAGAGGGUUCAGAAGGCAGCGCAACGGUACUUCUCCUGCUGUGGUCAAAAAAAAAAAAAACCCUCACACGCCAAGCUUUGAACUCUUUCUUUUUUUUAGGUUUGUUUGCUCUUUUUUGGAGAAAAAACGUUUUUUUUAUUAAAAAAAAAAAACGAGACGGAAGGAAUGUUGAAGUGAUGCAUGUGGCAAGGCCAACCCACUCCUCCACAACACAUACACUGCUUGAUCUGUCUUGACUCGAGCAGCUUUUCCUGUUACUUGGAGCAAAAAUGUUUUUUGCAGUUACUUGAAUGAAAGAGAUACAGCCUAUUUUGUGUGACGAUGGCACAAAUAAUAAUAAAAAAUAUCUAGAAAGCUCUAUUUAAAAAAAAAAAAAACAUUUUGCUUUCCCCAUUUCGCACGAGACGAGUGAUGGUGGGGUUGUUGGGGAGAGUGGGGAUGUUACGUAAGCUAAAAUGCUGAUCCUGGGUGAGAACCAUUUCAACAUCCUGUUUCCGCCCACUAAAAUGCUCCCCUGCCCCCCUUCUUUGUUCAAGCCAACGCCUCAUAUCACCACACCCCACCCCACCCCACCGUACCCCACCCCACCACACCACACCUCUCUCCACCUCGCUCCCAAGUGCAGUCCUGCGGUGUACUAGAACCUGCUGUUCUGACCAUGCUGGCUUGGAGCUUGCUGGAUCAAGUCUGGGGAAGACUGAAUUUGAGACCAAGACUGAGUCUAAGUCUGUCAUAUGCUGGACUCUGUAGUGUACAUGCUGGUCUUGAUCCCUCUUGAGAGUUAAGUCUGGUCUAAGACCAAGGUUAGUACUUAAGGCUCUUGUUGUCACGUACAUGCUGGCUUUCAUCCCUCUGAGAAUUCAGUCUGGAGUCCAACGGUAGUGACACACAUACACGCGAAUUUGCGAACUUUUCCAUUCAUUCCUAUGAGAGAGGCGAAGGCAAGCGAUGGCAAGCGAACAGGAGCGAAGCGAAGCGAAAUUAUUAAAGAAAGUUUAAUGUUAUGCAAAUGAGGAGCGAAUUCGCCUGUCGCGGUCCAAUCAAAUCAACAACCUAACUGUUCCAUUCCAUUUGAUUCGCCGCGACGACCUGAUGACGGUUGGAUUUCGCCUCUCUUCGCUUUGCUUGCUUCGCCUCCUAUGUGUCCCUACCGUAAGGCCCUCCGCACAUCGGCUCCAACAGCAGUGCAGAGCACUAUCGGUUCCGACAAUUUCGGUUACCCCCGCACACUGGCGCAGGCGUGCUAUAAACACGAAUGGGGAAUUUCAUCACCGCAUAGCAUGGAUAAACGAUGGGUGGCUCUGACAAACUAGAACUCAGCCGUCAUUGGCAGCCGACAUCCACGGACAUAUUGGCGCCGGUGUGCGGGGUUGUAUUAAAAACAGUGGGAUCAAACGUUGGCAGAGCAGUGCUCCGCCCUUUGACGGAAUCGGUCUGUGGAGGCCCUUAGACUAAUGUCCAUGCUGGCUUUGUUAAUUCUGGAGUCUAGGACAAGGCUAAGGUCCAAGGCUAAGACUACAUUUAAUGCUAGGUUCGGAGUGGUGUGCUCCACAGAAGGAAAUCUAAUGGUACUGACUAGCAGUAACUGCACUGAGCUCUAUACAUGCUGAUAUAGAAGGGCACACUCAUGCACAUGUUCACAUGCACAAACACAUAC